CAGUUCCCCUUUGGCCACUGUCCUUCUGUCCCCAGAUCCUAGAGCGGCUGAAUAAGAUGUGCGGAGUUGGAGAGCAAGUGCGCAAGAAGCAGCAGCGCCUGCUGAAGAACAUGGAUGCCCACAAAGUGAUGCUGGAUCUGCUGCAGAUCCCUUAUGAGAAGGGUGAUGCCAAGAUGAUGGAGAUCCUCAAGUUCACCCAUCAGUUCCUGCAGAAGUUUUGUGCUGGUAAUCAGGAAAACCAGGCUCUGCUGCACAAACACCUCAACCUGUUCCUGACCCCAGGGGUAAGGAGAGGAGACUGAAGGACUUAAAUAUCA